AAAGUCCCAUUUCUCUUUCUCUUCAGCACUCCCGUCUCGUUUUUUACUAAAAUGGCCAAACUAACCUUCUUCUCCCUGCUCAUUUUCCUUCUCUUUUCUCCAUCGCUCUCCCAUCCCCACCGCCCGUUUGCUUGUGGCGGAGAGGAGAGGAGCCUCCCAUUCUGCAGCACAUCCCUGCCGAUUUCGGAGCGUGUGAAAGAUCUGAUCGGACGGCUGACGUUGCCCGAAAAGAUCCGGAUGCUCGUGAACAACGCUUCGCCCGUCCGGAGGCUCGGGAUCCGACGGUACGAAUGGUGGUCCGAGGCCCUCCAUGGGGUAUCCAAUGUGGGACCCGGCACUAGAUUUGGCGGGAAGUUCCCCGGGGCCACCAGCUUCCCGCAGGUCAUAUCAACGGCUGCCUCCUUCAAUGCGUCUCUCUGGGAAGAAAUCGGACGGGUGGUGUCAGAUGAAGCCCGGGCGAUGUAUAACAGAGGUUGGGGUGGGCUGACGUAUUGGAGCCCGAAUGUCAACAUAUUCCGCGACCCGAGGUGGGGGCGGGGACAGGAGACUCCCGGUGAGGACCCAGUUCUAGCCGGUAAAUACGCUUCCAGCUAUGUAAGGGGACUACAGCAGCCGUACGGGAAAGACGGUAACCGGUUGAAGGUGGCGGCUUGCUGUAAGCAUUACACUGCCUAUGACCUCGAUAACUGGAAGGGCACCGAUCGAUUCCAUUUCAACGCGAAGGUCAGCAAGCAGGACCUGGAGGACACGUACGACGUCCCGUUCAAGGCGUGUGUGGAGGAAGGGAAGGUGGCGAGCGUCAUGUGCUCUUACAAUCAGGUCAACGGAAUUCCCACGUGCGCUGAUGGGCGUCUCCUCCGGAAUACCAUACGAGGGGCGUGGGGCCUUAACGGAUAUAUCGUCUCGGACUGUGAUUCGGUUGGCGUCCUUUAUGAUUUUCAACACUACACGUCUACGCCGGAAGAUGCAGCUGCAGAUGCUAUAAAAGCAGGUCUGGAUUUGGACUGUGGGCCCUUUUUAGCGGUGCAUACAGGUAAGGCACUACGCAGCGGCAAAUUGAGUGAGGUGGAUGUGAAUGGAGCCCUCACGAACACACUCACGGUCCAGAUGAGGUUAGGGAUGUUCGACGGUGAUCUGUCCACGCAGCCAUUCGAUCACCUGGGCCCACGUGACGUUUGCACACAGCCCCACCAGGAGCUAGCUCUUGAAGCAGCCAGGCAGGGAAUUGUCUUGCUUAAGAAUCACAGGCACGCGUUGCCCCUCUCUCCUGGACGUAUCCGCACCGUUGCUGUGAUCGGGCCCAAUUCUAAUGUUACAGCUACCAUGAUCGGGAACUAUGCUGGUAUUCCAUGCGAAUAUACAACACCUCUUCAAGGGAUUGCAAUGUAUGCAAAGACCAUUCACCAACCUGGGUGCGACAGCAUUGCUUGCGACAGCGAUAGGCUAUUCGGCGCUGCAACGGACGCGGCCCGUCAAGCAGACGCCACGGUCCUAUUCAUGGGGCUUGACCAGUCGAUAGAGGCUGAGACUCUGGACAGGGAAUCACUACUACUCCCAGGGCGCCAACAAGAGCUUGUAACUAAGGUGACUAUGGCUUCCAAAGGCCCCACUGUGUUGGUCCUAAUGUGUGGUGGGCCCAUCGAUGUGUCCUUUGCAAAGACACAUCAUAGGAUUCCCUCCAUCUUCUGGGUAGGGUACCCUGGCCAAGCUGGUGGAAGAGCAAUCGCAGACGUCAUUUUUGGAGAAUUCAAUCCAGGAGGUAGGUUGCCGGUGACAUGGUAUCCACACGAAUUCACAUCAACGGUGCCGAUGACAAGCAUGGGCAUGCGAUCGGACCCAUCAAAGGGCUAUCCUGGUAGGACCUACAGGUUUUACAACGGCGAGGUCGUGUAUCCGUUCGGACAUGGUCUGACCUACACCAAAUUCGUUCACACGCUCGCCCAAGCUCCUACCAUGGUGUCGGUCCCACUCGUUGGCCAUCGGGUCCCACUUCACAAUGCCACGAUCUCGGGUCCAGCGGUUCGGGUCACACAUGCACGGUGCAGCGGGCUCGCAGUUGGCGUACACGUGGACGUGAAGAACGUUGGUAGCAAGGACGGGGCCCACACCCUCCUCAUCUACUCCGUCCCUCCAGCUGGACAGUGGGCCCCACGCAAGCAGCUAGUGGCGUUCCAGAAGGUGCACGUGCCAUCCAAGUCACAGACCCGGAUCCGGUUCAGCAUACACGUGUGCAAGCAUCUGAGCGUGGUCGACAGCUACGGGAUUCGGAGAAUUCCCAUCGGCGAGCAUAGUCUUCAGAUCGGCGAUCUGACCCACUCGAUCUCGCUCCAUGCUGAAACCGUCUGACCGAACCAUAGGGGAAAAGACAAUUAUACCCACGUGCCUUUUUCAAAAUUACCAGCAUAACCUUGAAUUUACCCAAUAAAAUUAAAAACCUUUCACAGAUUUUUUUUGGCAAAAGUGACCAAAAUAUCGCUAAAUCAAAACCCAAUCUCAAUCAUACGGUUAUGGUUUAUCCAUUUAAAAGAAGGCUAUUAGGUGUGUGCUAGAGGGUAUUUUUGUCUUUUCAACAAUGCCUGUAUUGUUGGUAAUUGGUAAUUGUUAGUGUGAGAAAGAAGAAAUUUUUGUAGAAUUAUGAUUUGUUGCUCUUGAAAGAUAAAAGAGCAAAUUUCAAAUUUGGAUAAAAUAGUGAUUUUUAAAGCCCAAAUGGAAAUUAAGGGCUCUUAAUAAAAGUUUAUAUUUCACAUAUUUUUGUCUCA